UUUUUAGAUUAGAUGGAUGAAUUGGUGUAAUAAACAUAAUAAUUGAUUACCUUUGCCCAAGCCUGGUAGAGAAGGGGUCUGAUUUUGGUAAGCCGGCCCGUGAAAAUGUUACGUAGUUGUAGUAGUAGUAUUAUAAAGGAUUUGGCGCUUUGUGUGGCAUUCAAAAAUCGAAGCAUCGGAGAAUGGGAGUGAAGAAUCUGUGGGAUGUAUUGGAACAAUGCAAGAAAACAUUGCCUCUUCAUCAUCUCCACAACAAAAGGGUAUGCAUAGAUCUGUCUUGUUGGAUAGUUCAGCUUCAAAAUGUUAACAAAUCUCACUGCCCCAUCAACAACAAGCUUUAUCUCGCCUCUCUCUUUCACCGCCUCAGGGCUCUCAUUGCCUUGAAUUGCUCUCUCAUUUUUGUUACUGGUAACUUUCCUUUUCAUCAAAUUCGGAUAUGGCUCUGUAUUUCCACUACUUUUACCCAGUUCCUUCAUUCUUCCGUCGUAGAUGGGUCAAUUCCUGCCAUCAAAUUAUCUACUUACAGGCGGCGCUUAAACUUACGACCUGAGGCUCAAGAUGGGGCAAAUUCACAUUCACAAAACUUGUCUUCGCUUAAAAGGAAUAUGGGAUCUGAAUUCUCUUGUAUGAUCAAAGAAGCAAAACUCCUUGGAUUAGCCCUUGGAAUUCCAUGUUUAGAUGGGAUCGAGGAAGCUGAAGCACAAUGCGCUUUACUAAACUUAGAAUCCUUAUGUGAUGGGUGUUUCUCUUCUGAUUCAGAUAUCUUCCUUUUUGGUGCCAGGACAGUGUACAGAGACAUUUGCCUUGGCGAAGGAGGCCAUGUUGUUUGUUAUGAAAUGGAUGAUAUAAAGCGAAAACUUGGAUUUGGGAGGAACUCCUUGAUUUCUUUGGCCCUUCUUCUUGGCAGUGAUUACACUCAGGGUGUCCGUGGUCUUGGUCUGGAGGCAGCAUGCCAUAUUGUUAAAUCAGUUGGGGACAAUGAUAUUCUUCGAAAAAUUGCAUCGGAAGGACUUUCUUUUACAAGGAAGAAAAAAAAUUCAAAGAAGCAAGGUCAGGCCAAGUGCAAUGACAAGGAAACUACAUUGUCUUGCAAAGUGAACAUGAAUGGAGGCAUUCAGAAUUCACAAACAGAUGAUCAGUAUUUGCGAGUGGUGGAAGCAUAUAUGAACCCCAAGUGCCAUUCAGCUGACUCUGAUGUAGUCCAUAGAGCUCUUGUACAGCGUCCAUUCCAGCAUGAGCAACUGCAGAGGCUCUGUUCUCGGUUCUUUGAGUGGCCUCCUGAAAAAACAGAUGAAUACAUCCUUCCUAAGAUUGCUGAAAGAGAUUUACGACGAUUUGCUUAUUUGCGGUCUACUUCGUCUCAGUUAGAUGUUAACAUUCCAAUGAAGGAGGUGCCAGUUAAGUGUCCUGUAUCGGCAAUUAUCAAGCGCAGAAAAGUUCAUGGAAGAGAAUGUUUUGAGGUGCUGUGGGAAGAACUUUAUAGAAUUAAAAGCUCUGUAGUUCCCUCAGAUCUUGUAGAGAGUGCUUGUCCUGAAAAGAUCAGAGAGUUUGAUGAUAAGAGAGCACUAGAGAAGAAAAAUCAACGUAAAUCAAGACCGAAGAAAUCGGGAAAACAAUGUUCUCUGACCGAAAUAGAUCAGAAACUGCAACAUCUGUUGCUUGACAUCGAGUUAGGGAGUGAGUCGAGUCCCAUGGCUUCAAGAGAAGUUAUAUCAGAUCAAAUGCCGACAGCAACCGAGGUUAAUUUCAUGAACCGAGAUCCCCCAAUCAUUUUGGAUUCCGAUUGCAGAGCUGCGAUGUUAUGCCAGGAAACCGACAUUACUGCUCCAAAACAUGAAGUUAUUGAUCUUUUGAGCCCUUCCCCGCAAGUGCAGUCCCGGGUUGUUUCUAGAUGCACUCAAAUGAAUGAUCAACACAUUACUAUAAUCGAUUUGAGUGAAUCGGAAAAUGAGAGAUCACCUGAACAUGUAAGGAAAGCAAGAGAGCUUAGACUGUUUCUUGCCAGCAUUCGAGAUGACUUCAAUUGAAUGGAUUGCAGCCAUGAUAUAUAUGUAGAUUAUCAGUCAACUAUUAUGCAUGUUUUAUCCUUGUGACAUGUCAAAAUAUGUUUUUCUUUCUAUUAAUUUGUGACUUAUUUAUUUAUGUGUAUCCUUUUUUGUCAUUUAUGAAUGAUUCAAUCAUCUAAAUGCUGAUAAAAGUAUCAUAGAGGUUUUUGUAAUGAGUCAGAUUGUAUUGUCUCUUCUACUCAAAAAAUAGGUAAAUAUGUUAGAUCAAAGAACAAAUGUCAUUUUAUUAAAAAUUUCAUCCAUUUAAAUUGUUAAAAA